UAUCCGGUUAUCAUUAGAUUGCCGUCCCCCAUGUUUUUUGCUCGUUUACUUUAAAUUCGAGCGAUCCAACGGCUCCAACAUCUCGUGUUAGCGCUCACGCACAAUCCUUCCAUUACCGAUCCUUUGAGUUUUAUCGUAAAUAUUACCAAAAGUACGACUAUUUGUACAGUCAUAUUUGUCAAGAGUGGACAGCUGGUUGUUGUGCGUCCGGUGAUAUGAAAGUGUUACCAUCUAGCCUGAACGGGUGAUUAAAAUCCACAUAACAACAAAGAUGUUUAGCUGGCUGCACAAGGAUGAUAUUAACAAGCAGGAUAUGUUUGAAAAUGUUACGGAAGGCCUUAAGAAAAUCUAUAAGACUAAAUUGUUGCCACUGGAGGUGGCUUAUCAGUUCCACGAGUUUCACUCGCCUCAGCUCGACGAUCCAGACUUCGACGCCAAGCCCAUGAUUUUAUUAGUAGGACAGUAUUCCACUGGCAAAACUACUUUUAUCAAAUAUUUAUUAGAAAGAGAUUUCCCUGGAAUUAGAAUUGGACCGGAGCCAACGACCGAUAGAUUCAUCGCUAUUAUGCACGAUGAUAAAGAAGGCAUUAUCCCUGGUAAUGCUCUUAUCGUCGACCCGCAAAAACAGUUUAGACCACUUACCAAGUUUGGAAAUUCUUUUCUGAAUCGCUUCCAAUGCUCUACGCUUGAUUCACCAGUGUUGAAGGGUAUUUCGAUCGUCGAUACACCUGGAAUCCUGUCAGGAGAAAAGCAGAGAGUUGAUAGGGGUUAUGAUUUUACUGGUGUAUUAGAGUGGUUUGCCGAACAUGUGGAUAGAAUUAUUCUUUUAUUCGAUGCGCAUAAACUAGAUAUCUCUGAUGAAUUUCGCCGUUCGAUCGAGGCACUUCGUGGGCACGAUGACAAAAUUAGAAUCGUCUUGAAUAAAGCUGAUAUGGUAGAUCAUCAACAACUUAUGCGUGUUUAUGGUGCUCUUAUGUGGUCUCUUGGCAAAGUUCUGCAAACACCAGAAGUUGCCCGUGUAUAUAUUGGUUCGUUUUGGGAUCAACCGUUAAGAUACACUAUUAAUAAAAGACUAUUUGAAGAUGAAGAGCAGGACCUCUUCAAAGAUCUGCGAUCUCUACCUAGAAAUGCUGCACUCAGAAAACUUAACGAUUUAAUAAAAAGAGCUCGAUUAGCCAAGGUACAUGCGUAUGUCAUUAGCUCAUUGCGUAAAGAUAUGCCUACUAUAUUUGGCAAGGACGCUAAGAAAAAAGAAUUAAUUAAAAAUUUGGGUUUUAUUUAUGAUCAAAUCCAACGCGAGCAAAACAUUUCACCUGGUGAUUUUCCAGAUCUCAAAAAAAUGCAGGAAAAUUUGCAACGCCAUGAUUUUCUCAAAUUCAAUAUUCUUAAACCCAGAUUACUAGAAGUUGUAGAUAAAAUGUUUUCGGACGAUAUUUCGAAACUUAUGGCAAUGAUUCCUCGCGAAGAAAAUUCAACUGGAGAAUCUGUAAAAGGAGGAGCAUUUGAAGGUGUCGAAGAUCAAGUAAGUCCAUUUGGGUACAAAAAAGGUGAAGGUAUCGAUGCUGGAUCUAAUGAGCCAGAAUGGAUUAUUAUGAAAGAGAAAUACAAAUACGAUUCGAUAUUUGACACUCUUGGACCAUUAGAUGGAAGAAUUACGGGUGCAGCUGCAAAAUCGGAAAUGGUUAAAUCCAAAUUACCCAACACUAUACUUGGAAAAAUUUGGAAUUUAUCAGACGUUGACAAGGAUGGAUAUCUUGAUUCUGACGAAUUUGCACUGGCCAUGCACUUGAUUAAUAUUAAAUUAGAUGGUAAUGAGCUGCCUUCGCACCUACCAAAUCAUUUAGUACCUCCUUCAAAACGCGAGGCAUAAAGUUGCAAAUUUGUAAAAAAUUUUAAAGACAUUUAUGGAUUUAACGCUUAUCAGUAAGAAAAAUUCAACAAUAUAAAUGGUUCCAGUGUGAAAAUGUAAAAUGAAAUUGUAAAUGUGCAAGUUUACAAGAGGGGCAAUAGAGUACAACAUUGUUCUAUUUAUGUACGAGGUGAGACAAGGUGAUUGAACAGAAUUAUUUUUUUAAAUCUAAAUGUGAUUAUCUACGCGACUGAUUAUUGUGAUUGAAAUUCAACUAUCACAGAAAUUAAAGAAAGACUCGUGCAUUCUAUAGUCUUUAUAAAAUGAUUAUAAUAACAAUUUACGUUCAUUCGUUUCUGUCACUUUAUAACGACGUAAUUAAUAAUUAUACAGCUGCAUACUAUUCUGAUUACUCGUCAUGUAUGUUUUUCUAC